AUGGCCGAGUUCUCAUGUGUGCCUCCGGUUAAAGAGCUUUGCGUGGAGCAAACUUCGAGCGAGACACACGUCAAAGAGGAGGAGACAGGAGACACUGGCUGGCAACAGGAUGGACAAGAGAACGUGAUGUGCCGAUUGCAAGAAACGAACGCUGAAGACCAGGACACCUUCAACUACUUCGGCGCAAUAGAACCAGUCGGACAUCCUACGAACGAGGCUAACAACAGUUCAAGUUGGGAGCAGACAACAGACACGGGACGGCAGCAGGUUGUAGAUUCCAGCAGUGAGCUUCCUGGGCACCCAUGGGAGGAGGUGAACCUUUCUGGCAAGGAGAUUGUCCAUCAAAGACAACUUGGGAAGAAGAUGGACCAUAAUGGACACCCUGGGAAGGAGAUUGAAAGCAGUGAGACCCAGACAACAGACAUGGGCCUGCAGCAGGAAACGUGCGAUGUGAAAUUUUCUCAAUCUGACAACACAUCAACCUCACAGGUUCAGGAGAGCAAAUACAAUAUCAUGGCGUGUGUUGGUAAACGCACUCGUGAGAAAACUUUCAUGUGUGGGGAGUGUGGGUACAGGACAGCAUACAAGUCUCAUAUAUCCCAACAUAUGAGGACACAUACCGGUGAAAAACCUUACAAGUGUGACCAGUGCGACUAUUCUUCUGCACGGAAAUCCAGUUUAGACAACCACACAGCCUUUCACCACACCUGCGAAAAACCAUACAGAUGUGUGGAGUGUGGGUACGGGACUCACCAGAGAGCUAGGUUCACAGAACACAUGAGAACGCAUACUGGGGAAAAACCUUACAACUGUCACCAUUGCGACUAUUCUGCAGCAAAGAAGUCCACAUUGGACAAACAUCUUAGAAAACAUACGGGCGAGACACCCUACAUGUGUAAAGACUGUGGGUUCAAGACUGCUCGAAAGUCUACAUUAUCACAGCAUAAGAGAACCCAUUCAGGCGAAAAACCCUUUAAGUGUGACCUGUGUGACUAUUCUGCUGCACGGAAAUCCACUUUGGUCGCACAUCGUUCAAAGCACACCGGUGAAAAACCACUCAUGUGUAGUCAGUGUGAUUUCAGAACAGCUCGAACGUCUGAUCUAUGCCGACAUAUGAGAACUCAUACAGGGGAAAAACCGUACAAGUGUGACCAGUGUGACUAUUCCGUAUCACAGAAACGUCAUUUAAUCGAGCAUAGAACAAAACACACCAGUGAAAAACCCUUCAUCUUUGGAGAGUGCGGGUCCGGGUUAGGUCGAAGAUCUGUCUUAUAUCACCACAUCAAAGAGGAGACAGGAGACACUGGGUGGCAACAUGAUGGGCAAGAGAACUUGCUGUGUCAGGAAAUGUACACUGAGGACAAGGAAACCUACGACUUCUUUGGCGCAACACAACCAAUCGGACAUCCUACGAACGAGGCUUACAACAGUUGGGAGCAGACAACAGACACGGGACGGCAGAAGUUGGUAGAGUCCAGUAGUAAGAUUCCGAUUAGGGAACUGUGUGCUGGGUAUCCUGGGGAGGAGGUGGACCAUUCUGUGAAGGAGAUAGUCUAUCAUGGAAACGUUGAAAAGGUGAUGGACUGUAAUGGCCACCCUGGGAAGGAGAGUGAUAGCAGAGAGAUCCACACAACAGAAAUGGGCCUGCAGCAGGAAACGUGCGAUGUUAACCUUCCUCAAUCUGACAACACAUCAACCUCAAAGGUACAAGAGAACAAUGUUGUUAAACGCACUUGUGAGAAAACCUUCAUGUGUAGGGAGUGUGAAUACAGGACAGCUUACAAGUCUCAUUUAUCCCAACAUAUGAGAACUCACACCGGUGAAAAACCCUACAAGUGUGACCAGUGUGACUAUUCUUCUGCACGGAAAUCCAGUUUGGACAACCAUUUGACAGUACACCACACUGGCGAAAAACCCUACAGGUGUGUGGAGUGUGGGUACGGAACAAACCAGAAAGCUAGGCUCACAGAACACAUGAGAACACAUACUGGGGAAAAAUCUUACAAAUGUCGACAUUGUGACUAUUCUGCAGCAAAGAAAUCCACGUUGGACAAGCAUCUUAGAAAACACACUGGUGAGACGCCCUUCAUGUGUGAACAAUGUGGGUUCAGGACAGCUCGACAGUCUACAUUGUCGCAGCAUAUGAGAACCCAUUCAGGCGAAAAACCCUUUAAGUGUGACCUGUGUGACUAUUCUGCUGCACGGAAAUCCACUUUAGUCGCACAUCGUUCAAAGCACACCGGUGAAAAACCACUCAUGUGUAGUGAGUGUGACUUCAGAACAGCUCGAACGUCUGAUCUGUGCCGACAUAUGAGGACCCAUACUGGGGAAAGACCGUACAAGUGUGACCAGUGUGACUAUUCCGCAUCACAGAAACGUCGCUUGAUCGAACAUAGAACAAAACACACCGGUGAGAAACCCUUCAUAUGUGGAGAGUGCGACUACGGGACAAUUCGAAAAUCUAUCUUGUAUCGGCACAUGAAAACUCACACAAAAGAAAAGCCGUGACCCGUGCGGCUAUUCUGCAUUGAACAAACCAUCGGGCUCGAACAUGUAGUAAAGCACUCUGGUUAUUAGCCAUAUCGGUACGGACAGUUGAACUGGAAAGAGUCUGUAGCUACCGUUUAUAUAAACUCUCUGCAUCUAGGGCAUACGAAAAAGAUCUAAGUCUGUUGUUAGAAAUGUAUAGCCAAAUGUUUAGCCUAAAUCCUUAAACCCAUAUUCGCAAUAGUUAUGAAGAUUCCUUCGAGGGGUGACCACGUUUAAUUUUCAAUUUUUACCUAGCCUGCCAGUCUACAGCAGCUACAAAUGUACAAUGUACAAACAGACGCACAAACAACAAUGCACAAGUAGUGAUUAAAAACAUGCAAUAAUUGCCUUAAUGAAUAACAACAGACAAUGUAAAUAGAGUUUAUUGUCAGUUUAUUGUGUUUAUGUGAUACCUUUUAGCUUAUUGAGCUAAUCUUCCAGGGCUCAUAAAAACACACAGUAUAUACAAGUAGAUAGACAGAUACAAUAACACACACUUAACCCUAUUCAGACCUGGCUUGUU